AUGCUCCUUCAUCGAGCUCCAUUCGUCCUCCUCCCUUUCGGAUUGGUGACUUGUGCCCUGCUUACCUGGUACCUUUUGGUGCAUGCCACGCCCUUCUCGCACUCGGCACAAGGCUUUGGUGCGGGCAAGGGUAGAUUUGAUGGAACAUGGCAUUACAACAGAGAUGCCAACAACCUGAUGCUUGAUUCGCAACAAUGCGACCAAGCUUUCCCAGGGCUGUUUGAGGAAGUGCAAAGACCCGUGAAUGCCAGGUUGCAUGGUCCACGUAUCACUCUCGACGACAUCGAUUCAAUCCCGAGGCGGAAUGGCUAUGUGCGUGCAAUGAUUUACGAUCAACAGCUCUAUGUCAUCGCAACAGAAGGCCGAAUCUAUUCCCGCGAAUUGGCUACACUCCACGCUCUACACCGAGCUAUUCUCAGCUCUCCCGAACCUAUUCCAAACAUUGAAUUCGCUUUCAACACCGAUGAUCGCAUUCCAUCGGUCCCAUUGUGGGGUUACGCGCGACGUGCUGAGGAUACCGACAUCUGGCUCAUCCCUGAUUUCGGCUUCUGGUCAUGGCCAGAAACCAAAGUCGGGACUAUGCGAGAAGUCCAGAUGAAAGCCGAAUUAACUGAACAGCAAGCCGACCACGGAGGGUGGUCGUGGUCGAAGAAGAUACCCAAGCUUCUCUGGCGAGGCGCGACCAUGGGGUUGGAGUUGCGAGAGAAACUCCUCGAGAUCACCGCAGAUCAACCUUGGGCAGAUGUAAAGGCUCUGACGUGGAAGGACAGCGACUCCAUGACCAAGGAUCUCAAAUCCAUGUCUGAGCAUUGCCAGUACAAAUAUUUGGCUCACACGGAAGGAAACUCGUACUCGGGACGACUGAAAUACCUCCAGAGCUGCAAGUCAGUCGUGGUCGCGCACAAAAUGGACUGGAUCCAGCAUCACCACCCUCUGAUGAAGUCCAGCGGGCCCCAGCAGAACUUUGUCGAAGUGGAGCGCAGCUACGACGACCUUGCGGAGAAGAUCUCGUGGCUUCAAAGUCAUGACAGGGACGCGGAACGCAUCGCUUCAAACAGCGUCAAGCUGUUCCGUGAGCGAUACCUGACUCCCGCGGCUGAAGUAUGUUAUUGGCGAAAAUUGUUUCAUGGUUGGUCCCAGGUCAGCUUUGAACCAGAGUUCUUUGAGGUGGUGGACGGCCAGAAGGUCUGGAGGGGAUUGCCAGUAGAGUCGUUCUUGUUGGAGCGAAGACUUGAAUGGGACCCUUAUUGA